AUGUCAGAAACAAGAAGAUCGUUUUUUGGAAGCAUAGCAAAUGGAGUCAGUAAUUUUGUGAUGGGAUCAAAUGAGAAGGAAUAUAACUUAAGAAAUGUAGCAAGAGCAUCUGCAUCUUUUGCAAAGCCAAUUAUUGGGCAAGUAUCAGAAUUUGUGGAGUCUGGAAAGAAUUCUCUUUCGGAUUCUUUUGUAUGGAAAGACUAUCAUAAAGGUUACAUAUCAACAGAAGAAGCAAUAGAUUUAGCUUCGACAACAGCAAGAGAGGUGGAGAGUUCUGAGCCAGAGGAGUUUAAGAUUAAAUAUGAAGAGAAGAUUAAGAGUAAAAGUCAGGUAUUUUCUUAUCCGUCACCUCGUUUGGAUACAUUGUCCGAGGUCUUUUCGAAUUCAAAGGAGAAGAUUCAAAAUUGUCCAAUAUUUUCAAAAAUUGGAUCUUGUGGAUGUAAUAUUUUUCAGAGUCUUAAAUCAGGAUCAAUAAAAGUCUUUAGUAAUAUCAAAAACCUAAUAUUUAAGGCAAUGAAUUAUAUAAAGGAUUCUUUUAAAUGUUGUGAUCAGACUAUUCUCUUUUUGAAGAAGAAUUGGGGGAUCUUCUCCAAGAAUGCGAAUAGGAUGUUACUAAACAUUAGAAAUAAUCCUUUAGAGUAUCCAAAAAUGAUGUACCACUUUAUUUAUGGAUUCUUUCACAGUAUUUAUCAAAGGAUUUACCAUUAUAGACAUCCAGAAGUCCAUAAAUCAAAAAUUGCAGCCUUAGGAAGCACUAUUAAGAAUAUUGGAUGGUCUUGGAAGAAGUGA